CGUAUAGUAACGCUUCAACAAAAUAAUGUUUCAAUAAAAUUAGAAAUUAUUUUGUUGAAAUAGCUACAAUGAAACUUGCUUGACAAAACAGUUUGCUCCCGCAAUUUCACAAGAAGACAAUGUGUUAACAAACAAAAUCAACGGAGUGGAUGAAAGUUUCACAGCUAAGAAGUCUAGACUGUGUGCAUAAUGUCGACGCCGAACAGUGAGCUCUAACAAGCCGGCCAUCCGAAGUUGUUAAACGAAGCCGAGUGAGUUGCGGGAGAAUAAUUCCGGCAAAGCGGUCGCUAACUGAACGGACAGUUUGGAAGUGUUGGCGGCUCGCCUCGACUAACAGUGCGGACUGGUAGAUCCACAUGCGCUGUCGUUAAGCUAUAAUAUGAUGCAAAUCGGAUGAUGGAGACGCAAUCGCUAGGGAGGAGUCGCCAGGCUCCUGCUGUCAGGAACCACAUAGUUUACACCGAUCACAAGGGAAGAAAGAUACCGUACGCCGACAAGAUCACCCCGGAGCCAAUCUUGCACAACAAUGCGGGCAGGGACACAAAGCCAGACUCGAUCAGAAACAGUUAUAAUAGCCAAUUCAAAGUUGGCAUCUACGGUUGGAGGAAGAAAUGCCUGUAUAUACUUGUCAUUGCGCUUAUGUUUAUGAUGAUCAUUAAUCUAGCUCUCACGCUUUGGGUUCUCAAAGUUUUGGAUUUUAAUUCGGAAGGAAUGGGUCAGCUCAGAAUAGUUCCUGGAGGAUUGCAGCUACUCGGGCAAGCAUUAGUACUCGAUUCUCUAUUUACAUCAAGUAUCAAAUCUCGGAGAGGUCAACCGAUUUCCAUCGAAUCUACCAGAAACUUCUCAGUGUCAACUCGAGAUGCACAGGGAUUACUGCAAAGUAGAUUAUUCUUAGGUCAUGACCGUUUAGAACUCAACGUUGGUCGCUUUGAAGUGAGAGAUUCAAGAGGAGCGUUGCUACUGGGAGCCGGUCAAGAUUCCGUCACCAUAGGAGCGGAUACACUAACGGUUUCCAGUUCAGCUGGAGUGACACUGAAUACCGCAGUCCAGACUUCACUUGUAAAGGCACCCCCAGCGAAACCAUUAGUGCUGGAGUCUCCUACAAGAUCAUUAGAAAUGCAUGCAGCCCAAAACAUAGCUUUGGAGUCAAGAGCUGGCGACAUAAGUGCGAGCUGCCUCACAACCUUCAGACUGAGAUCCAUAGCCGGAUCGAUACGUUUAGACGCACCUAGUAUUUACAUGCCGAAAUUGAAAUCGGCUCUACCAUUGCCACCAUCAGCACAGCACCCGCACGAUCCCCAUCACCAGAACAUUUAUCAGUUGUGUGCAUGUGCAAACGGGAAACUAUUCCUAGCACCACCGCAUGGGAUCUGCGCGGCCAGGGAGGAGAGCCUCAUCUGUCGAUGAUAAUCUUUUCUAGUGUAGAUAUCGGUGUAUUGUUUAUAUUCUGUGUGCGAAAGCUUGAAUUUUGCAUAAAUGUAAAGAACGUAAUGACCAUUUAGAAUUUUAUAGCUUUUAUUUUUUCGAAUUUGGUCGAAAAUGAAAAAUGUUAAUUUUGUCCUUUAAAUUUUUAUAUAUAUUUAUAAUUAAGUUGUUUGUUAUUUCAUUUCAUUAUAUAAUUAAAUUUUAUAAUAAAUUUUAAAUAUGUUAUCUAAGUAUUUUAGCUAAAUUGGGAAUAUAAUUUCGAAAUUGUGUUAAAUACAAUUCAUAAAAAAUAAAUGAUAUUACGGAGCUUUUAAAAUGAUUAGGCAUGUUUUUACUUAAAUUGUAUAGCAGUGAAACUACAACGACUUUAUAAACGUACCAAAAUUAAUAUUUUAGUAAAAAACAUUACAUAGCCUAGUGCCUUCUGGAUAAAUAAAUAUUUCAUCGAGAUAGUAUUAUAAUACUCUUUGAACGUUUUCGCGGGUAGUAGAGAUAAUUUCAAAACACUUAUACGAUCUAAGUGGUCUAAUUUAAAAUUCUGACCAAUAACAUGUUGUAUGUUCAAAACGUUACCGAGUUUUCAUGGUUGAAGCAUUUUAAUAAUAAUAUUAUGAUUACUUGAACUUUGUUUUCAUAGAAUAUCGUUAUACAGAUGCGUGGUAAAUAAUUAAAUAAGUAUUUACUUCGGUUACAUGAUACUAAAAUCAAAUGACUGUGGUAGAUUAAAUUAUAAAUUAACAUUAUUUGAGUGUCGGAAUGUACCUCAAGCAAAAAUUUAAUAAAUAUAGUAGGUACAUAAAACGUCAAUUAUUUAAGCAAUAAAAAGUUACUAUCCAAGACAAAAGAUAGUCGGGAUGUCAUUGAGCUUCUAUUGAAUGACAAUGAACUUCCAAUGAUUUUCAAUGAAUUCGACUGACAUCCCGACAUUGAGCUUCAUCUUUGAUACCAGGCUUAUGGAAACAUCUUUCUAAGUCAAACCAACCGGGUAUCUAGGGACACGAGAGAAGGUGCCCUCUAGGCAGGUUCCAGAUAGACCGCCUACCGCUAAGCCCGGUGGUGGUGGCACGAACGCUGGUUCUACGUUCCGUGGGGGUAAGGUGAUGUACUGAUACACUUCACAUGGAACGCGCCACAUUGCUCCCCACUAGCUUAGUUGAAAUCUAUCUCAUCAGAGACUCGAACACCAGUUGUUCAGCACCAGGAUGUUUUAGACGGUACAACUCAAACCGCAAGUGUACCAAAAAAAGAAUAUGCAUUUUUUUUGUUUUAAUUACAUCAGUUUAUUUAUUCAGAUAAAUGUAACCUUGACAACCCUGGAUUGACGCCACGCACUAUUCAAUUUGUAAUCGCUUUAAUUAGGUGCAAUAUAAAAUAUAUACAAAAACCAGUAACAGUUUUUAGGUUAUAAAUAUAAAUAUACCCUACGUUUUUAUAACAUACGUUUAAAACAUUAAGUAGGCUUCCUUCGUUCUCCCCAAAAACAAAGUAACAAAUGUUAAGGCAUGCGUGUUCGUGUAGUUUCAUGUUCUCUGAGCCUCUAGGAUCUUAACAGGCUAACCUGUUGUUAGGGAUCAGUGUAUUUUAUUAAACUACUGUAGCUACACCAUAUACGGACUUGUGUAUAAAAUUAACCCUUAGAAAAUUGAUGUAUAGCUAUUGUGUUACAAUUUAAUGUAAAUUAUAGUAAGCAUUUGUUGAUGUUGUUGUAAAUAUAAUUAAUAGUAAAAUAAGUUUCAAACGA